AGCCUGGCCGCCCCCGCCGCUUUCCCUCGUUCGUCGCCAUCGCCAUCAGCUGCACCGCCAUACAGCGGAUGCUCUAGCACCAGCCAGCCACCCGCGAGGACACGGGGGGGAAGAGGAAGGAGGUCGAACCGACCAGAGUAGUGUGAUUUGGCAAGGAUAAGCUAGUUGCGGCCGGCGCCCAAAGCGAGCGAGCGAUGAGCGCGGCGCAGGGGAGGAGGAUGCAGCCGCCGGCGAGGUCGUCGUACUACGCCGUGCUCGGCGUCCACCCGGGCGCCUCCGCCGCCGAGAUACGCGCCGCCUACCACCGCCUCGCCAUGAGGUGGCACCCGGACAAGAUCGCCAGCGGCCGCGCGGCGGCGGACCCGGCGCGCGCGGAGGAGGCCAAGACCAGGUUCCAGCAGAUACACGAGGCCUACCAAGUGCUGUCGGACGAGAAGAGGAGGGCGCUCUACGACGCCGGGAUGUACGACCCGCUCGACGACGACCAGGAGGACGUGGAGGGAUUCCAUGACUUCCUCCAGGAGAUAAUGUCGCUCAUGGCCACCGUCGGCAGAGAGGAGCCCUUGUACAGCCUGGGCGAGCUCCAAUCCAUGCUGGACGGGAUGAUCCAGGACUUCGCCGGCCCCCAGCCGGAUCCCAGCGGCUUCUUCGCCGGCGGCCCGUCGCCGUUCGCCGACCCGGGCGGCGCGGAGCCCAGCGGCGCUUCCGCGCGCCUGCAUCCCCAGGGGUUCGGCGACUCGGCGUGCUUCAGCCGGACGGCUUUCUCCCGGUGACGGCCGCUCCGGAGUCAGGUUCAGAGAUCGCAGAAGAGCAGCAGCUUCCGCACCCGUGCGCAUCCAGAGCCAGGGGGAUCGAUCGAUGGGGGAAUGUCCAGGGCAGCUCUUGAAAUGGGCGGUGCAGAAGGCCAGUGCGUCGUCCGCUCGACCAACUCAUUUGCAAUUGCUUUUUUGGGGAAGGUGGAAAAGCUUCCAGGACAGGAAGGGGUAGAAUCUCGCGCCACUAAAGAAGCAGCUAAUAAAAAGAUUUUUGUUUGUGUUUCCUAGCAAAGCAUCAACGCUGUACAUAUGGCGUGAUGCCCCGUGUGUGUGUUGGAACUCUGGAUCAAUGACUGGCAUGCUACACUUGGAUGAUAUUCUGAGGCCAUGUUUGCCCCCAAUCUGUUUCGCUCGACUCGCCGGAAUCUGAGCCGUGAAACUUUCAAAGCCUAAGAACGAAUCAGAUUGUCUAAAAAAUGGCUUCAUCA